AUGCAGGGGUCUGGGGGCACACCAGGGGGGAACAGGACCUACUUCCCCUUCUUCUCAGACUUCAGGGGCCGCAACGUGACGGCCCUGCGCGUCAGUGAGUCGUCCGCCCUGGCCUCCAUCUUCCUGCUGGCCUUGGCGGGAAACAUCUGGGGCAUCUGCCUGCUGGUGCAGCGGCGGCACCGGCUGUGCGCCGCCAACUGCCUCGUCCUCAACCUCUUCUGCGCCGACCUGCUCUUCAUCACCGCCAUCCCCUUCAUUGCCGUCGUGCGCUGGACCGAGUCCUGGGUGCUGGGCGACGUCGUCUGCCACAUGCUCUUCUACGUGGUGAGCCUCAGCGGCACCGUCGUCAUCCUCUCCCUCUCGGCCGUCAGCCUGGAGCGCGUCGUCAGCAUCGCCCGGCUGCGCCACGCCGCCUUCCGCCGCCGCAAGGCGCUGGCCGCCGCCCUCCUCCUCAUCUGGGGCUUCGCCGCCCUCGCCACCGUCCCGCUCUGCUGCUUCUUCACCGUGGUGCGGCUGCCCGCCGCCGCCGGCGAGGAGAUUCAGAUUUGCACCUUGGUUUGGCCCAGCACUGCAGGAGAAAUAGUUUGGGAUGUGACCUUUGCCAUUGUUUUCUUUCUAAUACCAGGAUUAGUCAUUGUCAUCAGUUAUUCCAAAAUCUUACAGAUUACAAAAGCAUCAAGAAGGAGUUUAAAUGCUGGUUUAGCCUACUCAGAAAAUCAUCAGGUUCGUGUUUCCCAGCAAGACUACAAGCUAUUCCGAGCCCUCUUUGUGUUGAUGAUCUCUUUCUUCAUCAUGUGGAGCCCGAUUAUAAUAAUUAUUCUUCUAAUUUUAGUCCAGAACUACAAACAAGAUUUAAAUAUUUUGCCAUCAGUUUUCUUCUGGAUAAUGUUAUUCACUUUUGCCAACUCUGCUGUCAAUCCAAUUUUGUAUAAUGUUGCCCAUUUCAGACGUAAAUGUCAGGAAAUUCUUCUCUGCUGUACAGGGAGCCCUGUAAGGCAUGGGGCUGGUACAGAAACCACUGCAAGAAGAAGUAACCAUGAACAACCACAUUUGUCUUUCAUUACCAGAUAAUUAUUUAAAGUCUGAGCUGUGCCACACUUUGGAUGUUAAUGUCUACACUAUCCCAGGUUGAAUAGGUCACUAUGUUAUAGUAUUAUAUGCCAGAGAAGGGAAAAAAAAGCUAAAUCUGUAUUUUUAAUUCCUGCAGGUAAAAUUCUCUUGACUUCACUGCUUUGCCUCAGUAAGAUUUGGACAAUUUAAUCCAAUGGACUGAAUUCUCCACUUACACUGAAAUAACUAGGAAUAUGGCAGUGAACUUGGUGAAUGUAAAAUAGUUGAAAUAAGUACUUACCAGACAAAUUAAUUUCUGUGAGGGUACAUUUUCAGUUGGCAUAAAUGUCAUUAACUUUAAUGAAGUCAUAGUGAAUCUAUAUCA